AUGUCUAAUGGCUCAGAGUUCCACACGAGUGAGACUUCCAUAGGAAACAACACAACAAUAUCAACCAUCAAUCUAUUAUCGUCCUUGGCCUUAUUGAUGACUUCUCUGUUUGGGUUGGUUGUCAACAGCCUUUACCUCUGGGUUCUCCGAUUUAAAAUGUGCAAGAGCGUCAACACCACUUGGUUUUCUCACUUAAUUCUGGGUAAUUCGGUUUUCACGCUGACCGUGCCGUUCCUGGCAGCUUAUAGGCUCAUGUCGCCCCAUUGGAUCUUUGGUGGCUUCCUAUGCAAACUCAUUAACGCCGCCAUUGUUCUGUGUAUGUAUGCGAAUAUCAUUUUUCUCACAAUCAUCAGCAUGGAUCGUUAUGCGUUGGUCUAUCACCCAGUUUGGUACAGAGGACACAUGACCCACCGCUUUGCCUCCGCCAUUUGCAUUUCUAUGUGGGGAUUCACCAUUUUGUGCAGUGCCCCGUAUUUUGCAUUCCGUCAGAUCCGACUGUUGGAUGACAACAAGACAACCAUCUGCUACACCGACUACACACUUUACGGACUAUGGGAUAAUCAGCCAAAGUCACAGAUUCAAAUGGAGUGGAUUGUGUUCUUCAUUAAUCUAGCGUUGAGUUUUCUUCUGCCAUUUUGUAUCAUCGCCGUUUGUUAUCUCAAAAUAGCUCUCAGGAUGAAGAAGGGCAACCUGACCAGAUCCAGCAAGCCGUACAAGAUCAUUUUCAUAACUAUAGUGUCUUUCUUUAUAUUUUUUAUCCCCUACCAUAUAUGGAAAGGAAUGAGCAUCGAGAAGGGAAAAUUCCAUAAAACCACUCGCGAUGUGCUGAAGGUUAUCAUGACCUGCUCGUUCUGCUUCCAUUAUUGCUUCACCCCAAUGCUUUACCUCUUCAUUGUAGAGAACUUCAAAAAACUAUUAAGGAAAUCUGUAAUCACCCUCUUUGAGACGGUUUUUUAUGAACCAGUGAGCUCAUAG